AUGACCGGCUCCGCACAAGUAACAGCCCUGGAGGCCUUUCUCCUCUCACACCCCAGCAUUGGCUACAUCCCGCCCACCUCCCCCGAGUAUGUGCUCACAGCCAGCCGGGGGUGGAUCGCCGGCAUCAACGCCCGUCCGCUGGCCAUCGUGCAGCCCCAGUCUGCCGCAGAUGUUGCAGCGGUCGUCAAAUUCACCAAGUCCAAUGCCGUACCCUUUACCGUUCGCUCGGGCGGCCACAAUCUCGAGGGUCACUCCAUUGUAGAUGGCGCCCUCCUCAUCAACCUGCGCGCCUUGACGACCGUUACUAUCGCCCAGGAUCAUCAAUCAGCUACAGUCCAGGAAGAUAUUCUUCAGGAAGGAGAAGCUGGACACUCCGACCGGUUCUAUCCCUACCAUCAGAUAUGUCAGCUGGGCCAUAUACUGGGAGCCACGGUGGUGGAUACUAAUAAGAAGAUCAUUAUUACUGAUGAGUUUCUCCUGCAUGGUAUCCGUGGUGCAGGGGGCAUCUUCGGCAUCAUUGUUGAUGUUACUAUCAAGGUUUAUCCACUUACAAAGUUCCUCGCUGGUGCUAUCAUCUUUGACUCGACUGAUAUAGCCCAAAUAAUCAUCACCUUCAAUGCCGCCUACGAGGACUUUCUCAGCACAGAGGGCCUUCCUCCCUUAGUGACCCUGCAGCAGGCCGCCCUCAACAGUCCUCAUGGUCGCAAAAUCUCCUCCCUCGCCCCUCUUCUCAUUAGCACCGUCGACCCUACAACUAUCCCGGACUGGUUCACCAGUAAUGGUGCCCUCGUCCCAGAAGCUGUCUAUGGCUCCCUCCAGACGCAUAACGUCCGGUGCAUCACCCCGGCCGUGGCGGAAGUGAUUGGGCGGAAUGUGGCAUUGAUGCCGUCGGAUCCGGGCACGAUGCUCUCAAUCCAUCAGCUGCGGGGACAGUCUGCUGGUGAAGACGUAAGCAAACUCGAGCAUUCCGUGUUUGCAACGAGGGAGCCUCAUUAUAUGCUUGAGAUUCUCGGAUGUGCUACGGAUGUGCAAAAUGCGGGCACAUCUGAGGAGUGGGCGGUUCAGACGGCAAAGGAGGUUGCGCAGGUCGACGAGGGGAAUGUUCUGUCCACGGCGUAUGUGUCUUUGAUGAGAUUGGCGAGUAUGAAGCCAGAUGAGGCGGUCAAAAAGGCUUUUGGUACCAAUGCGGAUGUGGUGCGUGAGCUGAAGGAGAGGGUUGACCCGCAAAAUGUCUUUGCGUUGGCGCUGCCGGCGUUGAAGUAA